AUGAUCUUUCUCACAGGUCCUCCUCAAGCGGCUGCACCACCACCACCGCCUCCACCUCCUCCAAGGGCAGUAGCGUGUUGGCAGGUGUUAUGCCCUAUGGGAACCACAUGCAGAAUGGUGCAGGAACCAUGUACGGGAAGAGCUUGUGCACCACUAACACCUCAGUGUGUGGCUAUGAGUCCUCCUAUACCACCACCUCCUCCAAGACCCGUGAAGCCAACCACAUGUUCACAGAUGCAGUGUCCAACGGGAACGAUUUGCAGAAUGACAGAGGAGCCGUGCACUCAAAGAGCCUGCGAAGGCUUAGUUCCUAAUUGCGUAGUUCUAUGUAAAAUGACAGAGGAGCCGUGCACUCAAAGAGCCUGCGAAGGCUUAGUUCCUAAUUGCGUAGUCCUAUGUAAGUUGGAUUGUCUGUACUCGAAUUCAACACGAAAUAAGCUUGACCCGGGCAUAAUCCUACUAACGUGGACACGAACAAUGCUGUUAAUAGAUUCCCCAUUGCCGCCGCCACCACCUCCACCGCCACCAAAGCCAACAUCAUGCGCGCAGAUGCAGUGUCCCAUGGGAACCACAUGUAGAAUGGUGCAAGAACCAUGUACUCCUGGAAGACGUUGUGCGCCAUUGCAUCCUACUUGUGUGGCAAUGAGCGCUCCACUUCCACCACCACCUCCACCAAGACCUCUGGACUGCUCACAAGUGCGCUGCGCAGUAGGAAUGGUGUGUCAGAUGGUACAUCAGCAGUGUACGCGCCUACCAUGUCCGGCUCCAGUGCCCACAUGUGUGAUACCACGACCCCCACCACCACCUCCACCAACUUGCGCUAACACACGCUGUCCUUAUGGAACUCACUGCCAGAUGCUGGCGCCGCAUUGUUCGCAUCAGCCUUGCCCACCUCCACUUCCGCAUUGCGUAAAUGUUCCACCACCGCCACCACCUCCAAUGGUGCGGGCUGCACCAGCUUUGUCUCCACCAGUCCAUUGCCGACACUCAUGCGAUAGUCAUAGACAUGUAAUUCCACCACCGCCACCACCUCCAAUGGUGCGGGCUGCACCAGCUUUGUCGCCACCAGUCCAUUGCCGACACUCAUGCGAUAGUCAUAGACAUUCGCAAUUACUUGACUUUCUGCUCAUGUACAGAGUGGUACAUGAGCCAAACGAGCGUAUAAUCCAGUACGAGGGUAAACUUUAUCGUACUAUGUGGAUACGCAAUAAGUCCUAUGAUUAUGCGUUUGCACUUUCUUAUAAUUCACGCGCUUUUUAA